GCAGCAAUUAUACAUAUGUGCUAUCUAUAAGAAGCAAGGAUGUGCGAGUGCGAGCCAUUCAUUCAUACCAUUUGUUUUACUCGGGGUACAUUUAAUAAUCUUUGAAACACCACGAAGAAUAAAAAACGUAACAAGAAAUCGAUAUCAUUUUUGUUAUUCAAAUAUUUAUUGACAUCAAUAUUGAACGCUGCGAUAUAUUACCGUUAUGUCUGGAAAUCAUAAAGCGGAUAUUAAGUAUCCGUCGGAGUACGUCAAGCUCAAUAUCGGCGGUUCCCUACAUUACACUACUUUAGGCACACUACAAAAGCAUGACACUAUGCUGCGUGCUAUGUUUAGUGGCCGCAUGGAAAUUCUCACAGAUCCUGAAGGUUGGAUAUUAAUAGAUAGGUGUGGAAAGCAUUUUGGAACAAUUUUAAAUUUCUUAAGAGACGGUUCUGUUCCAUUACCAGAAAGUACUACAGAGAUGGCUGAAUUAUUGGCAGAAGCAAAGUAUUAUUGCAUUAGUGAACUAGUGGAAUCCUGUGAACAAGCGCUUCAGAAAAAAGAGAGGGAAGCUGAACCUAUUUGUAGAAUUCCACUUAUCACUUCUCCAAAGGAAGAACAAUUGUUAAUUAGCAGUACUACUAAGCCUGUAGUGAAACUGCUUGUUAAUAGGCAUAAUAACAAAUAUUCGUAUACAAGUACAUCAGACGACAAUCUGUUAAAAAAUAUAGAAUUGUUUGAUAAAAUGUCCCUUAAUUUUGGUCAUAGAGUAUUGUUUAUUAAAGAUGUAAUUGGCUCUAGUGAAAUUUGUUGUUGGACAUUUUAUGGUCAUGGUCGAAAAGUAGCAGAAGUCUGUUGUCACUCUAUUGUUUAUGCAACUGACAAGAAGCACACAAAGGUUGAAUUCCCAGAAGCCAGAAUUUAUGAAGAGACAUUAAACAUUUUGUUGUAUGAACAUCGAAAUGGUCCCAAUCAGGAAUUGAUGCAAGCAACGUCGUCGCGUGGCGCAUCGGUCAGUGGUGCACCACCUUGCACAUCAGACGAAGAAGAGGGUGAGCGCUCAGGCUUGGCUCGGCUUCGCUUCAGCAAACAAAACUGACCCACCCAUACCUCCGUUAAAACACGAGCCAAUAUGAAGUAAGAUGAGUUGAAAAGGAUGCAUAAACAAAAUUUCAUUUUUGUACAUAUACAUAUAUAUGCGCGCACGCCUAUGCAUCUACAGACGUGCAACUGUCUACAUUAUAGAUGCAUAUAUGUAUGCGACCCUUUAUACUAUAAAAAGUGAACAAUAUCAUUUCAAUUGAUUUCAUAGUAAAGCGUCAUGUUAAGUUUCGCAUCACAAUUUUAUACUUUCUCAGUACAUAUCUAUAUAUCCUGAUUAUUAGUCACAAAUUGAAAAUGAUUUAAUUCAUUAUUAUUUAACAUAUUUCCUUUGAAAUUAUUCAGAUUAUAGGCUACAGAGAUAUAAAAGUAGAUCAUCGAUCAAAUAUAAAAAUUUGAUUGUUUUUAAGAAAAUGAGGAUACGAAGACUAUAUGUUGUGCCAAAUGUUUAUGUCAGAGAUAAAGGAAAGUGGAGGUUGCCAUUCUGUGACUGAUGGAAUUAAUUGCUAUAUAGUAAACAACUCCAUAACAACUUUUAAGCAGUUAUUUAGAAUUUUAAAUUGUGUAUAAAAUGUGCGCAACAAAUGCCUGUAUUGCUACUUAUAUUACAAGUACAAUUAUUAUUGCUACGAUUAUUAAUUUCGUAUUUUUUUACGAAGCAAAGUCUAUAAUAAACAAUGCAUUUGCUUACAUAAUUCAAUUGAAAAGUUCUACCAAAUUGCUUAAAGGGUGAUGUAGAGUUGACACUGCCAGUAAGAUGAGUUUAAACUAUAAUUGGUUUUCCGAUUUUUAAACUAAUUAAAUAUGGAUCUAUUAUGGGCAGGAAUUAUUUUAUACAUCAUUCCAAAAUAUAAUGCAUAUUGAUGUUUUUUAUUUAAAGCUCUAAUUUAUGAAAAUAAGUACACUACAAUUAAAUGAAUGCUACAAAUUAUUCUCUUUUAAUGUGAUACAAACUCCUACACGUAAUAAAAGGGACCAUGUAUAUUUCAA